AUGACAAAUCAAGCUGGUUCUAUAAUAUCAUUAUCAACAUGUACAUUUGAACUUUAUAUCAAUGAUUCAUUUCCUAAUAAUAAAGAUUUAGUUAAUACAUAUAAAAAUUGUGCUAUACAUGAAGCUAAUUCUAUGUCAAUACUUGGUCAUACUGAUGGUUCUUGUUAUGCAGAAAUUUCAAUUGAUUAUAAUACACAAAAGAUGAAAAUUUAUUUAACUCAUGUUACUGCUGUACAAUCAGUAUUAAGUCCUUAUGAUGAUAUGUUGGGUCUUGCUAAAGGUAUAAAAAGUGUUGUACAAUAUAAAAUUACUGGUAAUUUAGAACAAGAAAAAAUACAAAUGACAACACGUAUUCAAUGUAAAACAUCUGAUAAUUGUGCACUUGAUAAACUACGUAAUCUUUUAUCAAAUUUAACUAUUACAGAAACAAGAUUAAAUAUAUUCAAGAAAACUAUUGAAUUACUACACACAUCUGAUCCAAUAGGAAUAUCUGAACUUAAUUGUAUUAAAGAUGAUACGGAUAUACGAUGUGCAAAUAAUGAACAUCAAUGUAUAUUUAGUUUUUCGAAAGGUCAUUCAAUACAAAAAGAUUGUGCUAUGAAUUAUUCUCAUAUACAAUAUGAUAUUGAAUAUCGAUUUAAUAUAAUUGAAGAUAUAUCAAAUUAUGGAAUUGAUAAUACACAUGAAGCAUUUAAAUUUUUCUAUUUAUGUAAUUCAGAUUUUUGUAAUAAUGAUGGUAAUAUUAUAAAAGUCGAUCAUUUAUUAUAUUCAUUUGCAUUAGCAUCAUUAACAAAUGAUAAAAUUAAUAAUACAAAUUAUAAUGAUAUACCAUUACCACAAAUUAAUCCAACACAACCGAAUAAUAUCAGAUCAAAUAGUAUAUCUAUUGUUACAUCAUUCUAUUAUCGAUUGAUGAUUACUUUUAUGUUUGUUUUUUUUUUUUUAUUAAAAUUUUUAUCGAAUUGA